GGUUCUCUUUUCCGUGUGGGCUCGGCCGGCCGUGUAACCCUAUGACGUGCACACAGAUUGGGAUGUUGAUUCCCAGAGACCCGGGAGCUACACAGGUGGCCAUGAAGCCAGAACCCAGCUGCGGGGACCAGGAUCAAGAUGAGUGGCUUUAACUUUGGGACAAGUUCUUCCUCUGGUGGCUUCUCAUUUGGCACUCCCAAGACUACUACGUCAACAGGAGCCACUUCCUUUUCAAUUGGCGGUGCUCCUGCUCCUGCUCCAUCUGCAGGAUUUAGUUUUGCCACGAUGGCACAAACUCCUGCGGCUACAGCAGCUCAGUCAAACCAGACUGGUGCACUCUUUUCUUUCUCAACGCCACCUGCUUCAGCUGCCCCUACUUCUGGGUUUUCUUUUGGUGCACAGCCAGCAUCUACCACAUCCACAGGAGGUUUAGUGUUGGGUAAUGCUGUACCCAAAUUGGGUCUCGGAGGAGUAACACAGCCAUCUUCUGGGAGCAGCAUCAGUGGAACCCCUCAGAAUUCUGGUUUCGCUUUCGGUGGUACUACAGUCACUCAACCCCUCUCAGCACCUUCAACUAUUGGUGGUGGCUUCACUUUUGCUGGUGCUGUGACAACAACUAUGCCCUCUACUAUAGCAACAGUAACCGCUACCACUCAGGCAACAUCCAAUGCAGUUCAAACGCCAGCUUUUUCUAUGGUAACCCCCCUGACUUCCAAUAUUGCAACUGCUGCCACUGCAUCAGCACAGCCUGCCCUAGUCCAGAGUUCAAACUUAUUUGGAAAGCCACCUGAAUCUACACAAGGGUCAACGACGUCAUCUACAACCAGCACGCUGGGACUUUGCUCCAGUCUUGCUACAUCUGCAGCUCCUCUUUUCUCAAUUACACCCACAUCUUCGGCUUCAGCUGCCUUGACUAGUAAGCCACAGAUGCAGACUCCUGGAGCAGUGCAUAGUAUUACUUCUGGAUCAACACCUGUAAGUAGUACUCCUGCUGUUAUGACGUAUGCUCAACUGGAGAACCUUAUCAACAAAUGGAGUUUGGAGCUUGAGGAUCAAGAAAAACAUUUUUUACAGCAAGCUACCCAAGUCAAUGCCUGGGACAGGACACUGAUUACGAAUGGUGAAAGGAUCACCUCAUUACAUAGAGAGAUGGAGAAGGUGAAAUUGGAUCAGAAGAGGUUGGAUCAAGAAUUGGACUUUAUACUUUCUCAGCAGAAAGAGUUAGAGGACCUUUUAACACCAUUGGAAGACUCGGUCAAGGAACAGAGUGGAACAAUCUAUCUACAACAUGCAGAUGAGGAGAGAGAAAAAACAUACAAGCUGGCAGAGAACAUUGACGCCCAACUGAAGCGUAUGGCCCAGGACUUAAAGGACGUUAUAGAACAUCUGAACACAACUGCAGGUCCUGGAGAUGCCAGUAAUCCACUGCAGCAGAUCUGUAAAAUCUUGAAUGCUCAUGUGGAUUCAUUGCAGUGGAUCGACCAGAAUUCAGCUCUUCUUCAAAGAAAAGUGGAGCAAGUGGCAAAGGAAUGUGAGAGUCGGAGGAAGGAACAAGAGAGAGGAUACUCUAUUACAUUUGACUAACCUAAAUGAUGCACACUUUAGUAAUGUCUGGUUACGUUUUCUUCUGUGUUUAAAUAGUGUUAUUCCCUUAAUGCUAAUUGUGCUAUUUGUUUUCCCUAUCCAAAAUAUAAAUGUAUAAGGCUACUUUCACACUAGCGUUAAUAUUUUCUGCUAUUGAGAUCCCUCAUAUGGUCUCGGUACUGGAAAAAAAAAACGCUUCUAUUUUGUCCACAUUCAUUGUCAAUGGGGACAAAACGUAACUGAACAGAACGAAAUGCUCCAAAAUGCAUUGCGUUCCGUUUGGUUGCGUUCUCAUACCGGAGAGCAAACCGCAGCAUGCUGCUUUCCGUCGUGGCAUGCAGAGUCAUGAUGACCCACAAUGCAAGUCAAUGGGGACGGAUCCGUUUUCUCGGACACAAUAGAAAACUGAUCCAUCCCCCAUUGACUUUCAGUGGCGUUCAUGAUGGAUCCGUCUUGGUUAUGUUAAAGAUAAUACAACCGAAUCCGUUCAUAACGGAUGCAGCCUGUUGUAUUAUCAGUAACGGAAGCAUUUUGGCUGAACCCUGCCGGAUCCAGCAAACACACUAGUGUGAAAGUAGCGUAAUGCAAGCCUUAUUUUCCAGGACAACACUGGAAGAUUAUAGGGCCCUUCCACAACCACAGCAACUGUUGCUCUAAGAGGAGACAUGCACAGUUCUUGUAUACAUUCAAUGAAUAAAGAAACCUCACUUGUUCAAUUGUC